CCGCCUGUAAACUCUCCUUAAAGUAGUGGAAGUGAAAUGAGAGAGUGCGAUAGUUUCUCACACCACUCAAAUUGUAUCCAGCUCGUCUGGAAGACAUGGAAUCUUCGUUCAGUUAUGAGGACUACAAGGAGACCGCAGACUGGUUGCUGGCCCAUGCAAACAAGCAGCCGAAAGUCGCCGUCAUUUGUGGGUCGGGCAUAGGCGGCCUUGCUGACUUACUGGAGGACAAAAUAGUUUUUCCUUACCAGAACAUUCCACGUUUCCCGACUAGCACCGUGACAGGCCAUGCUGGUCAACUGGUCUUUGGGAAGCUGCAGGGCCAGGAAUGUGUCUGCAUGCAGGGCCGAUUUCACUUCUAUGAAGGCUACAACCUACAAACUGUGACGUACCCUGUGCGAGUCUUCUCCCUGAUGGGGGUGGAAAAUCUGAUUGUGACAAAUGCAGCGGGUGGACUCAAUGACAGCUACAGUGUCGGUGACAUUAUGCUCAUCAAAGAUCAUAUUAACCUGCCAGGUUUUUGUGGACAGAAUCCUCUGAUUGGGCACAAUGAUGACAGUUUUGGAGUGCGUUUUCCUUGCAUGUCAGACGCCUAUGACCGUGACCUGAGAACUUUGGCUAUUCAGACUGCACAAGAACAGAACUGUGGCAGCUUCCUGCAAGAAGGGGUUUACUGUAUGGUUGCUGGACCCACAUAUGAGACCAUUGCAGAGUGCAAGGUUCUGCAGAAGUUUGGGGCUGAUGCUGUUGGUAUGAGCACAGUCCCAGAAGUGGUGGUGGCUCGCCAUUGUGGCUUGCGUGUCUUGGGUCUUUCACUGAUCACCAAUAAGGUUGUGACAGAAUAUGACAGCAACAAGAAGGCAAACCACGAGGAGGUGCUAGCGGUUUCCAAGCUCCGAGCCCAAGACCUCCAGAGGAUUGUCAGACACAUUGUCGCAAAGAUCUAGCGCCUUGAAUCCAAAUCUGAUGGCACGAGAAGAAGAGACUCCAAUAUUUUGCUAUGGUAAUGAGAUCAGUCAUAUCCUGUUCUUCAAUUAGUGUUCAUUCAUUUUGGUUAGGUCAAUUGUAAACAGCGAUGUAAGAAAAAGGAAAACAAGAGGGCACUUAAAGUUUGGGUAAUGGCAAUCAUUGGCAAUCAGAUCAUACAAUACCAAUACAGAAAACCCAUCCAUCCAUUUUACAUUGUAAUCAUUUGAAUUGAUUAAGAUCAAAUAAGAAUGAUAAUAAUAAUACUUUAUUAACAACACCACACUGCAAAAACAGAAAUCUAAGUAAGAAUAAAUAUCUCAAAUAAGGGUGAUAUAUGCUUGUUUUCUGUCUGAUAAGAUAAUUCUUCUCACAAAGCAGAUAUAUGUUAGUGUUUUACUUGUUUUAAGGGUUUUGGUCCUGAGUGAUCUCAGUUAGAUAUUACAGCGUGUUGCUGAGAUUUUAUGACCUAUAUUGAGUAAAACAUGCUUGAAACUAGAAUAUCAACUGUUGCAACACUCACAAGUAUAAAACUACUUUUUAAAAGUAAUAAUUUCUUAUUUCAAGCAUGAAAAAAAAACAUGACUUUGACACAGUUGUAUCUCAUAACUAAAACAGAUGACAGCCGAAUGGACUUUGCUUUUUUAUUUUCAAUGAAAAAAUAGAAAACACGUACUCAUAUAGUAGUACAGAUGGCACAGUACAGUAGAAGCAUUUAAGUCUCACCUUAAAACUCAUUUGUAUACUCUAGCCUUUAAAUAGACUCCCUUUUUAGACCAGUUGAUCUGCCGUUUCUUUUCUUUUUCUCCUAUGUCCCACUCUCCCUUGUGGAGGGGGUCCGGUCCGAUCCGGUGGCCAUGUACUGCUUGCCUGUGUAUCGGCUGGGGACAUCUCUGCGCUGCUGAUCCGCCUCCGCUUGGGAUGGUUUCCUGCUGGCUCCGCUGUGAACGGGACUCUCGCUGCUGUGUUGGAUCUGCUUUGGACUGGACUCUCGCGACUGUGUUGGAUCCAUUAUGGAUCGAACUUUCACAGUAUCAUGUUAGACCCGCUCGACAUCCAUUGCUUUCCUCUUCUCCAAGGUUCUCAUAGUCAUCAUUGUCACCGACGUCCCACUGGGUCAUUAUUGUCACCAAUGUCCCACUGGGUGUGAGUUUUCCUUGCCCUUAUGUGGGCCUACCGAGGAUGUCAUAGUGGUUUGUGCAGCCCUUUGAGACACUAGUGAUUUAGGGCUAUAUAAGUAAACAUUGAUUGAUUGAUACAGUAAACUGACUAUUUAAACAUUUCCCAUGUGACAUUUCAAACAAUUUUGAAAAGAAAGAGUUCAUGCACAUUCAGAAAAAUUCUUCAAAAUUACAAUAGAAAUAAAAUUGGCCGCACUAAUUGACUGAAAGAUCACGCACUUGGCGCUUUUAUAAACAAUAUGAUUUGCCUGAGCGGCUAAGAGACCCUGAGAAUAACAAGCAGUUGCCUUGUUGCCUUUCCAUUAAGAACAAUAAAUUAGUUUUUAGUAUAAGUUUGCUGGUUUCAAGAAAUGUAAUGCCGAGCGCAUAUCAUUAUGUCAAGAUAAUGGCACUAGCAUUUACUUAAUUUAAGAAUAUUUUUACAACAUAUUGAAGAAAAAGUUCUCUUUCACUUGUUAUUAGUGAACAUAUACAUAUUUUAAAGUAUUUUUGGGUUCAUUGAGGUUAGCUAAUUUUAAUGGGAUUAGAAAGUCUUGACAAGCCAAUUUUUUUUGUUCUAUGGGCAGAUAAUUUUGCAUAGUUUAAAUAAAAUACCUCAAAUUUU